UAACAUUUCCUUCCUUCUUCCGCCCAUCAUGGACCUCGUAAAUCACCUGAACAACGUUCAGAACUACGCAAAGUCCUUCAAGGACACACAAAUCAGACACCCGGGAGAGUUCUUCGACUACCAGAGGGUCUCAAGACCCCGGGACAUGCAAGAGUACCUGAAGAGGGCCAGCUACAACGUUCGUUACUUCUCAGCCAACUAUGCCAUCGUAGUCGCCCUUCUCGGUAUCUACAGUUUGAUAACCAACCCUCUUCUACUGAUCUCUCUCGCCUUUCUUGUGGGAGGAUUCCUUGCUAUCAACCGGUUCGUUCCUGAGCCGAUAGAGUUUAACGGUAAAACCAUCACCCCUCAAAACCUCUAUGUCUGUCUUUUCGUCAUUGGCAUUCCACUUCUGUGGUACGCCGCUCCGAUCUCGACCUUCUUUUGGCUCGUGGGAAGCUCUGGUUGUGUCAUUGGAGCACAUGCGGGACUGUUGGAACCUCCUGUCGAAUCUGAGUAUGCCGGCCUUGAGACUGUGUAGAAGGUAGAAGAGAAUUGUGGGAAACGGACUUUUUAACCUUGCUCACCAUUAGACUUCCAACCGUUUUCUUUGUUUAGAGUUAGUUGGUUUGCAGAGUAUCUACCUGAUGUGAUGUACUGCAUAUUGUUUUUCUGGUGCGUCCCCAGUAAAGGACAUGCUUCUCGUUAGC